GCUCUCUGUAACAUGAAGAUCGACUUUAUGCAGACUGCACGACAGCAGAAAGAUAACCCAUUUUAAUUUGCUGAUUCACUGAGGUUGGGUGAUGCUAUCAUUGGCAACUAACAGCAAUUUUACUGAGGGACAGUUUGUGAAUCAACCAACUAUGGCCAGUACUGAAAGCCAUGUGUGGGUGGGCUUCAUAGAGGGCCUUCCAGUGGUCAGCUCUGUAAGAGAAGCCGUGGAGUGGGUCCUGGCUGUGGCUGCAGAUGACUUACCUUUGGCCGAAGAGAAACUGAAGGUCAUCACUGCCAGGCUUGAGGAGGGGGACAAGCUGAAAGAGUUCAAGUCUCUUCGGAGUUCGUCAGGAUAUUCCUCUGACAGCACAUCUGCCAGCUCAUCAGCCAGCCUGCCUUCAAUGCAUGUGGAAAGUAUUCCUGAAAUGGACCUGAUGGCCCACAUAGUAGCAGUGGGCCAGAAGAACAAAGGGAAAAAAGCAGAUGAAUCAGUACAAGACAGGGCUCGCAAAAAGGAAGUGCAAGAAGUUCAAGAUGAGACACUAAAGAAAAUUCGCCUCAUCGACAAAACAUAUAAGUUCCCAGAAAAUGAAAGGCUUGAUGAUUAUGGUCAAAGGUCUGGAAGGGGUGAGUAUGUCAUCAAUAAUAAUGUCAUUAAGAUUUACCGUAAAGUUGUAAGGGAGCACUUCAACCAAGACAUCGAUAUGGCCUGCCCCCUUGAUGAUGACACAGCAAACGCCAUUAUAUUAUGAGUUAGUGGUACAUUUUGAUAUAGGCGAACUGUAUAUCAACGCUAAUGCACUGAUAUAUGGUGAAUACUGUAGGAGAUUUAAGGAAGCUUCUAAAGCUUUCCUGACAAACAAUAGUCAAGAAAACAGGAAGCGUGUGGAUAACAUUGUACAUCACAUGAAUGAGGAAAGGAAAGAGGCUUAUGUAGAUCCAUAUGCUAAGGCAAAAUGGAUUGGAAAUCAGGAGAGAAGAAGAGAUCGAUUUCAGGCAAUCAGAAAUAAAGUUGCAACCAUGUUCAAGAACUGGGCUGAAUAUUUUGCCAAAGUUAAAGAUGGACUAGACGGACCGUCUAGCCGCACUGUACAGUAGGAAACAGUUUGGGAAUGUAUGGCUUGUUAUUGCUAUUUCAUAUUGAAGACUAGGAAUAAGGGGCUUAUAGUUGUAUGUGCAUAUAUCCAAAACCAGUUAGAAUGUAUAGAAACAUGUAUCGGGACAUAGCUACGUAAUUUAUUAGUUACUUGCUUAACCCUGUAGGCCUCUACAAGAUCAGUGUGCAAGUGAGGACAAACAUUCUUCUUCCAAAACUGGGGUCAGUUGUCUCUGUGGAAAAAGUGUAACGCAUAAUAUUAAUUUAGUUUAAUAUUCUGUGAGCCUAAACAUUCUGUGUUCCUUCACUUCACUAUGAUGCAUGGAAAAAAGGUUUUCAUACUAAUAUGAAAUUAUACAUAAUCUUUAGGCAUUAGUGGACAAUAGGAUAUAAUGUUUAGGCAUUAGUGACAGAUGCAGAUAAUAACUUGUAACCGCAUAUGACAUCUUUUGGUGAAUGCAAUUGUUUAUUUGUUUGUUCAAUUAUUUCUGGCAAAUGUGAAUUGAUAUUUGUGAUAUUCUGUUACCUUUGUUUAAACAAU